AAUUUUAUUGUACGAAUGAAGUGACGAAUUAGUUUUUUUUCACUAAUUUUAUUUUUCUGCUUCGUGAAAGUUAUAAUAUUUUCUGGUGUGUGUUAGAAUUAAUAAAUUUGUGAAAUUUCCAUUAAAAAUAUUGAAAUACGAUGGCAGAAGGAGGUGAUAAACAUAAAAUUAUCGUCACUGUUAAGACACCCAAAGACAAGCAGAAUAUCGAAGUUGAUGAGGAUGCCGAAAUCAAAGAUUUCAAAAUAUUAGUUGGUCAAAAAUUCGAAGCUGAUCCUGAUCAGCUUGUUCUAAUUUUCGCUGGAAAAAUCAUGAAAGACACCGACACCCUCAAAACGCACAACAUCAAAGAUGGCUUGAGUGUGCAUUUGGUUGUAAAAACUCCGACACGGCAACAAGGUGCCCCUGAGCCUCGACCACAGGCCGAUGUGCGUCAGACUCCCUUCGGUUUGAAUCAGUUGGGUGGUUUAGCUGGCUUAAACGCAUUGGGUGCUGGGUCUAACACUUUCAUGGACUUGCAAGCUCGCAUGCAGAGUGAAUUAUUAAAUAACUCUGACUUGUUGAGCACUUUGUUGGACAAUCCAAUGGUUCAACAAAUGAUGAACAAUCCCGAUACUAUGCGUACACUUUUAUCAUCAAAUCCUCAAAUGCAGGAUUUGAUGCAGAGAAAUCCUGAAAUUUCACACAUGUUGAAUAAUCCGGAGUUGUUGCGUCAGACUAUGGAGCUGGCACGCAAUCCGUCAAUGUUGCAAGAACUAAUGAGGUCUCAUGAUCGGGCAAUGUCUAAUUUGGAAAGUGUUCCUGGGGGCUAUAAUGCUUUGCAGCGAAUUUAUCGCGAUAUUCAGGAACCUAUGUUGAAUGCAGCAAGUGAAUCAUUUAGCAGGAAUCCAUUUUCGGGACUUGUUGAGAAUUCUUUAGGAGAAAAUCCUCAACAAGGCACUGAAAAUCGAGAGCCUCUACCUAAUCCAUGGGGAGCAGCAAACAACCAAAGCGGUGGACAAAGUGGAGGAGCAAAUUCUGGUCUACCAACGGCAGGCCUCCUCAAUACCCCAGCUAUGCAAAGUUUGAUGCAGCAAAUGAGCGAUAGCCCUCAAAUGAUGCAAAGUCUCCUUAAUGCACCAUACACUCGUAACAUGAUGGAGGCCAUGUCCUCCGAUCCUGAUAUGGCAGCACGCAUUAUAAACACAAGCCCCAUGCUAGCUAAUAAUCCGCAAUUGCAGGAACAAAUGCGAACUAUGAUGCCACAAUUUUUACAACAAAUGCAAAAUCCAGAUGUUAUGUCAAUGAUGACUAACCCUCAAGCACUUAAUGCAAUACUUCAAAUACAACAAGGAAUGGAACAACUUCGUGCUGCAGCACCAGGUGUAGUCGGUUCAAUGGGUAUUCCACCACCACCACCAGGUUCGAAUACUCCAAAUACUACAACAACAAACUCGCCUGCUGCACCACAACAAACUGGCGGAACUAAUACUACAGCUCCAGCUGCCAAUCCAGCAUUGUUUAAUGAUUUUAUGUCGAGAAUGUUAAAUGGAAUGUCAAGCGGUGCUAAUACAAACCAACCGCCAGAGGAAAGGUACUCUUCGCAACUAGAACAACUUACCAAUAUGGGAUUUGUCAACAGAGAAGCUAAUUUACAAGCACUCAUCGCAACGUUCGGUGAUAUAAAUGCGGCAGUUGAAAGACUUCUUGCGCUAAAUCAAUUAUCCUUAAGUUAACGUCAUUAAUUGUAAGCUGUUUGAAGUUUAUAUAACUUUACAUUUUAAUUUGACUUAACAAUAUGUUGCAUUGGUCAUAUUUUUUACAAAUAAUAUUAAAGUAUUUUUGUUGCAUCUACUUCUUCAUACUUAUAAUGAAAAAAAAACAAGAAAAAUUAAAUAAAUAAAAUAAAUUACCGCUAUACAAAAAGGUUAUAACAGAAUCACACAUUUUUUGCUUUGAAAUUUCAGGCUGGCGAUUGCAACAAUCAAAAUUUAAAAGCAAACAAAAAUUCAAUUCGUUGCACAAGUAACAAAGCAUAGUAAAAAAAACAACAAAAAAAAAGAAAAAAA